AUGCAGGGCAUCGAAGCAGGGCUGCUGAAAUACCACCAAGCGAAGAUCGAAGAGAUCAACGAGCGGAUCCGAGAUCUGUGGACGGAGACCUAUCAAGGAAAAGACAUUGAAUCGAUUGAGAUCGAGAGCAAGCAGAUUACGCGAGGCUCGAAAACGGUCUUCGAUUAUGCUGUGUAUAUGGUGAAAAAUCACACGAAAUUGCAGAUGCGAGGCCGUUGUUCGGCUGGGCAGAAAGCACUCGCAUCGCUGGUGAUUCGAAUCGCAUUAGCGGAUGCGUUUUGUUCGCAUUGCGGGAUUUUGGCGUUGGAUGAACCCACGACGAAUCUUGAUAAUGACAAUAAAGAAGCUCUGGUGGAGUCGUUGGUGAAGAUUAUAAAGUAUCGAAGCCAGCAGCGGAACUUCCAGCUGAUUGUAAUUACGCACGAUGAGGAGUUUGGGCAGAUGGUAGGGAUUGAGAGAGAGCGAACGAGCGUAGUUGACGCAGAAGGGACUGGGAACGAGAAAGAGCUAUUAUCGAGUGAGUCGAGAGCCAUCGCAGGCGGAUCAGGGAUUGUUUGUGAGCACGAUUUCAAGACAGACGUGGGGAUAAUAGAUUCUAUUUGUGUGUGUUGUUGUGUGGUUUGGUUGAUAGACGAUUGUUUGUUGGAAUAG